AUGGCGUGCACUCAUGCGGCAUGCCCGCUAUUCGGCGCACUGCCCGCAUCGGCCGAUGAGCUGGGCCGCUGCCGGCGCUGCGGGCAGGGGCUGCCCGGCAGUCGCUUCGCAGCCACCCUCGCACCAGCAGCGGCGGGCGGGGCCACUCCGGGGGCGCGUGCCGGGGGCGCCGCGCUGGCGAAUGCACCGGUGCCGCCAGGACUGCCUCCUCCUGAGCCCCAGCAGAGCCACACCGGCCUGACACAGGAGAUGCGGCAGAUCGAGCUGGACACUGCGUCAGUUGCGUUGGGCGCCAUCGAGAUUGACGACGUCGACGACGACGACGACAUCACGAGCAGCAACGACAUGUUCGCCAGGCACUGCGAGACGAUCAUUCUGCACCACUUCGAGCUGCUGCAGGCCCAGGCAGCGACGGGCCCUUCGGCUACCCCUCUCCGUCUUCGCUCGGAGUUGCACGCUUGGGACGAUCUGCAUGGCCUUCUCCGGCAAGUCGGGCUCGACCCUGACGAGCCUGAUGUCUGGCGUCGCCUCGGCCGGCUGGCACUGGAAGGGAUGGAGCCCACUGCGAAGGACAUCGUUCGCAGCGCGGAUUGGGCCGCCCAGCUUCUCGACAUAGCAACGGGCCCCACCUGGACAGCGAGUGAUAUGGAGGCGGUCGGGGCUGCGAAGCUACGAUAUGAGGCAGCCCGCGAGGCCUGCCUGACGGCCCUCCCGAACUUGCUCCAAGCGCGCCGGCGGCACAAGCAGAGGCUUGUGCCCCUCUACAUGGAGCUGGGCCCGGUUGCCCUCGACCUGCUCUGCCCCCCGGGUGGAGCACCAGGGGAGCAGUGCCUCACCCAGCUGUCUCGCGUGCUGACGGCCACCGGCUCGACGGAAGCCAAGGUGCAGCAGGACCGGGAAACGACAUCCAAGCUGUACGCGGGCGACGUGGCGACUCUGCAGGGUCUGCCCUGCGGCGCCGUACUGUGGGCGCCCACGGACGCGGCAGCCCUCGGUCGACUCCGUUCGGCUCUGCUGCGUCACUGCGGGGAUGUUCCAGACUUCCGAUGCCGACUUUUGUCCACCACUCCCACCUUCCAGGGUUGUUCCGAUGUGGACUCGCUCAUGGACAUGUGUUGGAGCCCGCUCAUGGGCCCUCAAUGGGCUGGCCUGGUCAAGUCGAUCGAGUUGUUGCCCCGGCCAUUGCAGAUGGUGUCCACGGGCUCGGCAGGGCCCGUGGUCGGCAAUCACGGCCUCAUCAUCGCCACAGUCGCCGGCAAGGGCACCGUCUCGCUCCCGAAGCUUUUCGUUGAGGCGGCCCCGUUAUUCACCAUGGAGUUGGGCGAGACCUACUACGCGGACAUGGCGAUGGAGGACGUCACGACCACGUUGGCGACGCUGCGGCGAGGGCUCGCCCCGCUUCGAGCGACCCUGGGGGACUCGGAGAGAAGCCCUGUUCACCUCAAGACGGCCCCUCGGAUCCGGAUCCCCAUCCACUUCCCGACAGGUGUCUCCCGUCUCGACAUCGACUUGCAUAUGCGUCAUCUGCGGACUCGCCGGGCGGAUCGUCUGGCGCAGUCGGUGCACAUCGGCGGCCAGCAUCUCUACACCGACCCUGGCUGCCAUAUCCUCGAGGUCACGGGGCCGGAGGCGUUCGGCAAGGCCUGGCCGCACUGCAAAGAGCUCCUGGCCUACACCUCAGACCGGGCGUUGGCCAUCGUGGAGGGGAGUGCGGACCAGUGGAAGACAAUCAUGAACCACAUCUUGCAGGAGGAUCCAGAGGUGGCGCUCCUGCGACUCCGCUGGCGGCCCUCCAACCGUACGCAGGGUGGACGUCCAUGGGCUUACCCGUCGGCGUCGCCUCAGCAGCUGGCGGCGGUUCGCCGGGAAGCCCGGAAAGGCAGGGGAGUGGUAGGAUUGGUCAAGCCGGAUGCCGAGGUCAAGGUUCUUGGCCACAUGGGGGCGAAUCCGCAGGCCGUCGUGCAGAAGCUGAUGGAAGUUCUCGGCCACCACUCCGGGCUGGCGCUGACGGAGUCCGACGUGGGGCCACAGCCCACUGGCCCUACUUGGACGUGGCUGGCGAAGGAGAACCCGGCCGCGGCUACAGGGAGAGUGCGCGUGCAUCUUGACACCGACGACCAAGCGCGCAGGUUCACGCAGGCGGUGCACGGACGAGCGAUCCAGUUGGGGGCCGAUUUGGUCAGCCUGGAGUGCACGACGGACUUGCAGGACCUGGAAGGCAACGGCCUGCUCAACACGCUCGCCGCGACUGUCCGCGGCGAGCCUGGGCCCGGUGGCAACGCGAGUCAUCGACGAGCACGGCAUCACCUCUUGGUGUCUGGAUGUCGUGCUCUCCUGCCGCCGGAUUGCAUUGCAUGCGAAUUCAUCCUCAACUUCGCUUGGGACUUCAUCUGCGACUACACUUGGGACUGCAUCUACAACUACACCGGGGAGGGCAUCAACGGCUCAGGCGGUUACUUCUUCUUCCUCUUCAUCUUCCGCUUCAGGUGGUGCCUCUGCAGCUCCCUGUGGCCGGGGAGCAUCAAGAUAUUCCUCACUGCGUCGCCAUUCGGGCGGCCGUCCAGCGAGCGUGCCAGCUACCCAGUCUGCCGCCUGCAGCGCCGGCCCCGCGGAUUAAGCGCCAGCGGGCUUCGCCCCCUCCGGGGCAUGAGGCUCAGGCGCCAGCACCUGCCACGCCACCGCCUCGAUCCGGAGCUUCGGCCACAAGCCCAGUUCAUAGGCAUGACGGCAUUCUUCGCAGUGGACGUCAGGAAGCACUUCGCGAAGGCCAAAUAUGUGAUGCGAUUAUUUCGUGGACGCGACUUCGCGCUGCUCUCCGAGGCGCAUGUGACGGACGGCGACAAGGCCGCCUGGCGGCCGUCGCCGGGCUUCACGGCGAUGUGGUCGACAGGCACCUCUGCCAGGGCGGGCGUGGGCAUCAUCCUCCGCGACAGCUUCCUGCGGCAAUUCGACCCGGACGACCGUCUUCACGACCCCAUCCUGCACGCGAGCGUCAGGGAUAAGGCCGAUGAAGAUCACUGGCAGGAGGGGCUGUGUAGGAGGCACGGCCUCCACGAGCUCCACCAGACGCAGGCCACUCAUGACGACGCUGGGUGCCGAUCGAGGAUCGACAGGGUCUACUGGAAUGCGCAUGUGUCCACCCAGUUGGACACGACCCUGCACUGCGCCCCGCUGUCCUGGGCGCCGCAUCUGUCACAUCAUCGCGCUGUUGCCUUCGGCCGCCGGCGGGCGCAGCCAACCUCGGGCCAGCCUCGUCCGGUUCCGGCGGCGCUGAUUCGAGAACCUGCCUGGGGCGCACGGGUGGCAGCAUUGUACCAGGCGCUCCUGCGGCAGGCGGAGUUGAAGCAUACGGCGGACCUCAGCGGGGCGUCCGUCCCCCAGGAUUCCGAGUCCCUCCUGGCUACUCCCUCGUCGUGCCUUUCUGGCUUCGCCCGCCUCCGUGUCCUGAAGGAGGCGAUGAGGAUUAUCUCCGACACGAUGGGCAGCGAGAGGCAGCACCAGGCGCACCCCAAGCUGAACUCCAUGCUCGGCCGCCCGCUGGAGGCCAUCCAGGCGCACGCGGUGGAGCUGGCCCGAGGCUCGGCCUUGCAGCAACUACGGGAAGUGCAAGCUGCCGAGGGGGGCCCGGCCGUCGACGAGCCAGAUUUCGAGUUGCUCCAGCGCCGCCGCAACAGGGUCAUGCAGUUGCUCAAGCGGUUGGCCCCGGGCCGCUCGGCUGCCCUGGGAGGCGUCGUGGACCGCCACGGGGAAAUGCUGACGGACCCGGAGGGCAUGGCGCAAGCCCUGCGCUCGCACUGGCAAGGGGCACUCAGGCGUCGACAACACGACGAAAACGCUCUCCAACGAUGGUGCACUGAAGACCUUGGCCCCGCGCAGCUCGGCAUUCUUCGUCGCCUUCGCCGGGAAGAGUGGCUGCCUUCACGUGAAGACCUUAACAAGGCCAUCAAAGAAGCACCGAAGUCAGCGCCGGGGCCAGACGGGCCCCCGCUCGCCGCGUGGCAGGCGCUCGGGCCCCUGGGCGGGGAUGUUCUUGAGGCGGUCCUUUGCGAUAUGAUGUCUGGCGACGGCCCGGAGAUUGUCGCCCGGGACUGCCCGGCCUUCAACGAUGCACUCAUG